GUUUCACCUAUUAGUAAUCUAUUCUACUUUAAUCUGCUUCGUAAUUCAUAUCCGACAUAAGCAUGAAAAUAAAAUUCUGCGUGCUUCCGAUAUGCCUGUGGAAUGUUUUACUGGUGUCGACCUCAUCAUCCGAGGUCGUGAAACGCUCAUCUGAGAAUUUUGACUCAGGGUUCAAGAGAAAUUUGGAUGGUCCUACAGAUCAUUAUCACUCUCAUCGUUAUCAUUUGCAUUAUCAUCGUCGUCCUCAUUCAGGUCCUAAUGCAAUGUUUCCACCGUCUCCUCCAUUUCAUCAGUUUCACCCAAGACCAAACAACCGUAAUACACCUCCAAAAAAAGAAGUUCAUCCGUGGAGAAUACCAGAAUUUGAACCUCCUGAGGAUUAUCACCAUCCCGAAAAAUCUUUUGGGGAACCAACAUGGGAACAAAAUCCUUCCGAUACGUGGCCUUCGUCAACAGACUCCUCACCUGCAACAAACGGGUAUACUGACUUUGAUAUGGAAACUAAAGAAAGUCAGGAUGAAGAACUUUUACCAGACUGCCAUUGUAAAUUUCAAAAUGUUGGAAGCAGAACAAUUGUCACUGUAUCUGUUAAAACGAUGUCGACGCCGUCAACUGCGACUUCAACCUCUACCACAACCUCAACUACUAUGUCUACAAGUUCCACAAGCUCAACCACAGAAUUUGACUGGAAUAAGUACGUCGAGAAAGAACUAAGUGAAGACUUCAGUAAGAACAAUUCUGCAGGCAUUGGACUUAUUGAUGUCCGGCAAAAAGAAGUCGAAAUGAAUUAAUUAAUCUGACUAUUAAUUAUUAUAGAUAUACCUACUAUUGUAAAUGUUUGUAAACGAUAAUGUAUCAAUGUCAUGUAAAAAUAUACAGGAAAACAAUGUCGAAAUAA